GGGUAUCCAUAGCAACAUGGGAGGGGGAGGAGGAGGAGCUUCAGGGGGUCAGAGGUCAGAUGGCAGAGGUCAGCCAGGAGGAGGAGGGGGAUUUGGAACUGCAGGUGGUAAACCAGCCAAACUUGGAGGAGAUGUGUCAGGGUUAGGUGAGGGGGGUCAGGUGUACGGAGACGGGACGAUGACCAAGCUGUACAUGGGGUCAGGUGGUGGAUCGGGGGGAUGUGCCAAGGACGUCACCGUCAACCCACCAGGUGGACAUGGUGGAGAUGGGGGAGGGGCUGUUCGUCUGGUGGCUGAGAUGAACGUCCAGAUUACUGGUACACUAGAUGUAGAAGGGACCACAGGGGAGGGAGACAUUGUCAACAGCUUAAG